AUGGCGACGCCAGGAACUCAGUAUCUGAUGCAGGCCGGCUUAGCGGCCGGCAUGUCAGGCUCUCAGGGACUACACAGUCCGCGUCUUCAACCGGUAGACCGAAGACUUAGUGACCCUGUGAACAUGCUCCCCGACGACUUCAUACCCAACUCCCAAAGUCGGAUGGCUCUACCCGGGGUCAAUGGCAAGGAUGUACUCGUCCCCUACAUGAGCGUUGGUGCAUGGUCAUGGGGCGACAAGGCGACCUUCCAAUACAAUCCUACACAGGACCUACCGCGCAUCCAUGCAGCCUGGGCCAAGCUCAAAGCUGUCGGUUUGACCUUCGUCGACACUGCACAGUCUUAUGGUGAUGGCGAGAGCGAGCUGAUCUGCGGAACUCUUUUUGACGGUAUGCCUCGAGACUCGUUUGUCGUGCAGACCAAAUGGCUGUCGACCCCAGACAUGACCAAUACGCUCUUACAAGCCGGUGGACCUAAGUCCAAGCUUAGAGACUCACUCGCUCGACUUAGACUUGAGUACGUCGAUAUCUACCUCGUUCACGGUCCCAUUCAUCCCAGUAAGAUCUCCACAGUGGCCAAGGGUAUGGCCGAGUGCGUGGAAUCAGGAAUGGCGCGGGCUGUCGGAGUCGCCAACUAUGACACGCAGGAGAUGAUCAAAAUGGCCGAUGAACUAGCCAAGCACGAUAUUCCGCUCUGUGUGUCCCAAUGUGAAUACUCGGUCAUUCGCCGGCUGCCUGAAGUCAGUGGGAUGAUCCGGGAAUGCAAAAAGCGUGGCAUCUGUUUCCAGGGAUUCGCCUCGCUUGCUGAAGGCCGUUUGUCGGGCAAAUAUUCACGCUUCAAUGAGCCGCAACGCCGCCGACGCUUUAGCAGCUACCCCAUGCAUUUGCUAGAGCCCACGAUCAAUGUGUUGAAGAGCAUCGCGGAAGAGCGACGUGUGCCGGUUCCUGCAGUCGCACUGAACUAUUCGAAUAACAAGGGUGUGUUACCUUUGGUCGGUGUGCGCGAUGUCGACCAGGCUGAGCAAGAUAUGCAGGCGUUGGGAUGGCGAUUGUCGGAAGAUGAAAUGAAUCGAAUUGAGGGAGUCAGCUUCCAAGGACACAAAUCCACAUUUAUGCAACAUGGUUAG